AUGAGGGGUUGGUUGCAGACCCAGGCCAUUGCGGAGCACUAUACCGCGAAGUUGGCCCAUGGGGACACCCCCGUCCAAAACAAGGUCAAGGCGCUGGAGACAGAUCCCGAGUUGGCUGCCAUGUUCGAGGACAUCAAGAAGAAUGGCAUGGAAGCGGCCAUGAAGUAUUACCAGGAUGAAGAACUGAUGCUGAAGAUCUCCCAGAAGAUGGGUGGCCUGCCUUCUGAUCUCCAGCCGGUGCUUCAGAAGAUUGAAGACACCUCCCUGACAUUGCACGAGGCCGCCAAAAAGGGCGACCUUGCAGCCGUGCAGCAGUUCCUGGACAAGAAGAAGCCUUUGGACGCCCAGGACUUCAAGGGCAUCACUCCGUUGGGUUACGCCAUCGGUGCCAACCGUAUCGCGGUUGUGAAGAAGCUUCUGGACAGCAGGGCGAACCCGUACGCCGUGGACAGCUCUGGCAACAGCGGCCUGCACUACGCUGCAGGCUACGGCCGCAAGGAGCUUGUGGAAUUCCUCCUGAAGCUCGGGGUGAAUGUGAGCCAGCCCAAUGCCCAGGGCAUGACGCCCCUGGCAGCGGCCACGCAGAACCGACAGGAGGCAACCAUACAGAUGUUGAAGGCGCACGGCGCGCAGUAG